AUGGGUUUCUUGGGAGACUUGAAAGGGAAGAAGAAGGGCGAUGACAACUACAGGCUACCAGUGUCACGUUCAAAAUUGAGUCCCAAACCCAAAAUGAGAAUGUUUACGUGGAGUUCUUUGCAGAAGAGACGAAUAGCUACCUAUGGGUUGCUGGUUGCUAUGCUUUUGUUGCUUUUUAGGUCUCGAGUGACAUGGGAAUGGAGACCAGCAAAGGGAUCGACGGCACUAUCGCACAGUAGCUGGCAAAACACACGCCAAAAAUCAUAUGGCACCAUCAUUUUGGAAGAUGAAGCUUACUAUGAUUAUGAUUUUGAACCUAUUGAUCCUGCGAUUGUCAGUAAGUUUACGAGCGGUGAAGCAAGCUAUUUGCUCUCAGAGUUUGGCGGUGCCGAAUUGUCCGCUGAAGAUAAGAAGAAAUACGAAACAGAGGUAUCCGCUGUACUUGGGGCGACAGUUGAUGAGUACGAGCUCCAGAAUUUUGCAGGUACAGCUAAUGGGGCUGAAAAUAAUGAGCAUUUGCUUUUAUGUGUGCCAUUGAGGGAUGCCGAAAAGGUUUUACCGCUCAUGUUUAAACAUUUGAUGAAUAUAACUUAUCCGCAUGAACUCAUAGAUCUUGCAUUUUUGGUCAGUGAUUGUUCUAAAGGUGAUCAUACAUUGGAGGCACUGACGACAUAUUCUCGCUAUUUACAAAAUGGGACGUUACAACAAGUUUUCUAUGAUAUGGAUACUGAUUCGGAAGCUCAGAUUAGCAAAGGCACAGAAAAAUUGUAUUUAACAUAUAUGGACCAGAACUACAUCAAUAAGGUAAAGCAAGCUUUCAGUCCCCCCUUUCAUGAAAAUUAUGAUAAACCUUUCCGUUCCGUUCAAAUUUUUCAAAAAGAUUUUGGCCAAGACAUCGGACAAGGUUUCAGUGACAGGCAUGCAGUUAAAGUUCAGGGUAUUAGGAGAAAACUUAUGGCCAGAGCUAGAAACUGGCUAACGGCUAAUGCUUUGAAACCUUAUCACUCUUGGGUUUAUUGGAGAGACGCUGAUGUCGAAUUAUGUCCGGGAUCUAUUAUCCAAGACUUGAUGUCAAAAGGUUAUGAUGUAAUGGUACCUAACGUCUGGAGACCGCUGCCGCUAUUUUUGGAUGCUGAGCAGCCAUACGAUUUGAAUUCAUGGAUUGAAUCAAAUCAAGCGUUGGAUUUAGCCAAGACACUGCAUGAAGACGAUGUCAUAGUCGAAGGCUAUGCCGAGUAUCCAACUUGGAGAUUCCAUUUAGCAUAUGCUAGGGAAGCAAAUAGCAAUCCAAAUGAAGUAAUAGACUUGGAUGGCGUUGGAGGAGUAUCAAUUCUGGCAAAAGCGGAGUUAUUCAGGCGUGGUGUGCAGUUUCCUGCUUUCACUUUCGAGAAUCAUGCAGAAACAGAAGCCUUUGGUAAAAUGGCUAAGAAAAUGGGGUAUAGAGUAGGUGGAUUACCUCAUUAUACAUUAUGGCAUAUAUAUGAGCCAAGUGACGAUGAUCAGGCAAUGAUAGCGGAAAAAGAGAGAGAGAAAAGAAGAGAAUAG